UGAUUUCAGAAAAUACUUUGCUGUAGGUAGCUGCAUUCUGGGACUGUAUCACCCGUGAUGGAGGGGAUGAGGAACCAGGGCUCCACCAUUACGAUUUCCUGGAAUUUGAGCUGUCCCUCUUGUGGGUUGGUCCCGGAACCUGCGGUAUAGGUACAUUUGACCCCAAGAUCUUCCAAGCAGGCGAAGUGAGGGCUCUUGAAUCGAAUACUCCAUCCUCUCACCCGCUCGUUCUACGUCUACAAGGCGGUCAGGUAUGGUAUCGUAUCGUGUGUGAAAAAGCGCUGGCUGGAAUCUCAAUGCAGCCGUGCUGAAAGAAGCCGAAGCUUUCGUACCAUAGCAUCAUCAAAGCUCCAAGAACUCCACUGAAACGUCACCAAGUGGGAGCCAAUCGCCUGGUCCGUGCGGGCUGGGGAAGUUCGGCUUCUGGUGGCGCCUCUUCAGCCGUAAUGCACGGUUAUCCCCGUUGUCGAUGGUGGUUUGCAAAACUUCAUGGUAUCGGCUACAAAGCUGGGCUUCAUUGGAUUAAGGUACUCUGAGGAUUCUCCUCCUGCCAGUGAGAAGAGAAACGAAUCUUUGAAGAGACAGAGAGUACCGCCUGGCUAUCAUAUUUCCACAAAAGCAAGAAAACGGCGGCUGGGCCAAGCUGGCGCUCAAUGAGCGAAUGGGACUACAGCAAUGAGGGCCACAGCGGGCGAUGGAGGUCCCUCCAAACCCACCGGGCCGGGCGGGCGAGCGCUGGACAAAUUAAUCAAGCCCAUAUAUCAGCUUCCACACGAUAGAAUAAUGAUAAUCGGCAACCUCAUGCACGAUGACUCUUGAAGCAUGAAAAAGGAAACCCGAAAGUAAACCUGGUGGGUGUCAGCUUGCGCAAGUAGGUAUACGAUAGGUGGUAGGAACUUUGCAAGUCCCCAUUUUUUGUCCAUGGGCUCGCGGCUGGCCACCUCUACCCUCUACCGCGACCUCCCAUCCUGACCCCGACAUUGCCCAUUGCCUCUCUUCGCCCGUCGGUCAAUUCACCGUGUGGAAGCUUUCGUUUUCUGCUUUUCCAUCCCUUCUUUGCACGCGCAUCCCGCCAUCUCCUUUUUGUACAUACGCACCGACCCUUCCCACCCACCGCACAACCAGGGCACUGGCGAUCCGCCAUCUGAGCUUCGCGACACGAAAUAGUGAAAGGGAACGACCAAGGCCACCACCGCCUCUUGUUAUUCCUGUUUGCCCGAAAAUCUUAUCAGGAGCGCGCCUGACCAUACUGCAACUUCCCGUCGCAAAUUGAUGCCACCAAACAGACGACUGCAAUCAAUUCCGUCUCACCGUCACCGUCGCCCGCCCGCCGUUUCCGGAAGUCAUUGAACAACACCGGAAGGCGGUCUAUCUCUCAGCUUGGGGUCUGGGGUCUGUCGCAUCAAGACAGCCACCGUCGCUCUACCAGUGAAAGCCACCGCCAUCUAUCUCGUUGAUAUCCUUUGGUUUUGGUAUUUUGCAGCCACCAGUACAUCAUGGCCGACAUCAAGCCAGACACGAGCACCGCACAGCCGCGACCGUCGAAUGAGGAGCCAACAGCCUCUCCACAACAACAAGGGCCGGAACAGACGGGAGAGACCGUGCCGUCAAAGACACCAGAGAGCGCUGAACCAGUAGUAUCUCCAUCCGAGGUGGUGACAAGCUCACCUGCCGAACCGAAAGGAAAGAACACGGAGGAUGAAGCCCCGUCAUUAUCACAACCACCUCUCGGCAAGACAGCUCUGACCGCUGCGCCAGCAAGAGACGAUGACUCCCUUUCAAUAGAGCCUACAGCCGCUCUGCCUCCCGCGGCCAUGUCCGAUUCUGUUUCGCCGUCUUCCCCGGUCUGCACCAUCACGCUGCUGCUCCCUACCGGUGCGCGACACCCGUACAAGAUCGACGAGAAGUACCUCUCGAAGCGGGGUGUUGAUAUUCCAGAAUAUCUCGAGGGUGGGGGGGUCAAGGACCCGUUCAGUAUAUCAGUGUACAAGCUCAAGGAGCUGAUCUUGAGGGAGUGGAGGGACGAGUGGGAGGGCAGGCCGGCGAGUCCAACCAGUAUCAGGUUGAUUCAUUUCGGAAAGUUAUUGGACGAUAAGGAGCCGUUGAAGAAAUACCAACUGAGCAAAGAUGCCCCCAACGUUGUGCACAUGUCGGUACGGCCAGCAGAGAUGAUGGAGGAAGACGAGGGCGCCAAAGGUGGGAAGGCCAGCUCCCGUGAGGGCAGGACAAGGGAGGGCGGGGGCGGCUGCUGUGUAAUUCUAUGAGGGAAAGGCCGCCCCUAUCUUGUUUUCUUGUCUUUGGCGUUACGACGUCAACAAUCCGACUGACUUGCAUUUGUAUUGGCAUGGAGCUUGGCUGGCUUUUGGUUGGUCUUACAGGUACAGUCCUUUUCCAUCUUUUUCGUACAUUGUGGGAAUCUGGCUGGGUGGAGUGGCGUUGAAUGAGCGUGUAAAUUUCGGGUUUAUACAUAGUUGGCGGUUCUUUAGGAAUGGUAUUUGUUUCUGAGAUUCUAUCGUACCAAUGUUGGUGCAAUCUUUCGGACGCCAUUGGUCCACAAUACGGCAUAUCGGUCCCACCUUAGAACACUGCACCAUCUGUAUGAAGAGUACGGCAUCAGGGCGGUGUAAAAAGGGUUUGUAGUUGAAG